UUCUCCUUAGUCGUCGUCGCCGUCCAAAAUUGUUUGAUUCCAUCCCUAUCCUCUGUUAGUGUUGGUUUUUGUGUUCAAGGUUUGAUUAGAAAGUUUGUUUUAAGUUUGUAUCUGCGACCAAACGUGUUUCGGAAGUUAUAGCAGUUUAAUUGAUGGGGUUGUUUAGAGGCGGGAGAUACGAUGAUGGAUUUGAGUUGUGUUCAAUCCUGAUGUUGUUUUGUGUACAAUAUUGAUUCAAGGGUUAUACAAAGCAGUGAAGAUUGAGGAUGCAUCGAAGCUGUACCAAAUUGAUUCAAGGACUCUGCAAAAUAGAACAACUUGAUGCAGCGGCAGCGGUAGAUGUGUUCUCAUACACUCUGGAUAACAACUUCAAGCUGAUGCCUAGAGUUUGCAACUACCUCCUAAGCUCUCCUGCAGGCUUUCAACGUGUUUGCCUUGGUUGGGAAGUCAUUUCAGGGAAUUUGAUUCUACCAUUCGGAGGAGACGGAGAAGCUCAUCUGAGAUAUUUGAGUUCCUUCAGGGCAUUCAUGCAGGGAUUAAAUACCGAGUAUGAGAGAUUGGACAAGAACCAGUCUACUCAAUCAGCUGUUGUACAUGGGAUGGGCACAGAGUCAAAUAUGGUGGAACAAGUCUCUAAACAUUGUUCUUAAUUUUGAACUCAGAGGAUUUGGGUUGUGCUAUGUGCAACGUCUUAGUUGUCAUAGUUUGUAAAUUACAAUUGUGAUGAGAUUUUCUGUGAUGAAUUACAAACUCUUCUCAUUUCUUUGUAAUGAUAUUUAUAAACUUUUAUGUCUUAUAAAAAACUGUGAGUUUAUUUAGUUAGUUUAUCUGUCUAUGAGUGU